AUGGCUGCGGCUGACGAGCAAGAAGAGCUCAACGAUCCGGUUCCGAUGGUCCUUGGCAGCGCCUCCAAGGAGGGCGACAGUGAAAGCAGGGCGGCAAGAGAAGAGAUAGAAUGUGCCCGGUUCAUUGCACAAAUGGACCUCGCAGGCCCGGAGGUCCUGAGAGUGAUGCCGGCUGUAAGGGCCUUCGAGCAAUGCUUUCUAGCUUUGCGCGGCGCACAUGGUAUUGACCUCCUUGCAUUGAGUCACCCGAGCGACACGAUAGCAGCCUUCUGGAGCCAUUCUUGGCACGGGCAGCGCUGGAAGAAAGUGUUGACACUCAUCACCAUCUACAAUGGUCGGGCAGCCAUCGGGCUAGGCAUGUUCCUUGCUGUUGUGAUGAUGGUGUUAUCCCUUCUGCUGGAUCUCCCUGGUUACGACCGGCACGGCAUGCGUGAAGACGACUGGUCCAUGUGGUCCUCAUGGUCUGGAUUUCUAGUCACAGCGCUAGUGAUGAUCUUUUGGCGCCCUCAAACUCGUGUUUUCCUCGACAGUACCUGCAUCAGUCAAUGCAACGACGAACUGAAGGCGAAAGGUAUCGUUAGUCUGGCUGGGCUGCUCCGACGGUCGGAUUCGAUGCUCAUUCUUUGGGAUCCAACGUGGACUGAAAGAUUGUGGUGCUUGUUCGAGCUUGCGGCAUUCUUGAAAAGCAGGGAGCGUGGGGCUCGUCAGCAAAAGCUGACCAUCACACCCACCCUUUUAGGUCCGAUCCGAAUUGGAACCUUCUUGACUGCCACCGCUGGUUCGCUUGCUUUCAGAGUGGCGCCUGCCGUACGGCCCUCGGUUUCCGGUCCACAGUAUUCUUUCCUCUACACCACUUUUCUUACCGCGGUUGCUGCCUUUCUGUUCGGCUAUGUGCUUGCGGGCAUCUUGCGACGCUAUUUUCGCGACUUAGACACGAUGAGGCGGCAACUGCAGUCCAUGUCCUUCGAUACCGCUCUUUGUGAGUGUUGCACCAGAGGACAUGCCGACUUGCCCGGCCUCCCCUGCGACCGGAAAAUUUUGAAGCAAUGUGUGGUGAUGUGGUUCGGUAGCUUGGAAUCGUUUGAGAGCACCUUGAGAUCGGAAGUUCUGGAGGUUUUGACGCGGGACCUUGAGGAAGUUUUCACCACAAGGUCCACGAUCGCAGCAUAUACGCCAAUCAUGUGGGGUGUCAUGGACUAUGCCGUCACCUUGUCACGGGUUGAAGGCCAAUUCUGGUCCAAUCUCUUGGCUACAACCGCGGGUGGAUUGGCGCUUUGGCUUGUGGCCAUGCCAUCGUUGAAGAGUUGGCUCGUGCUCGUAUGCAAGCACACACGGGCGAGGCCAAGUAGUUGGUGUCUCGAGGUCAUGAAGAACUCACUGGUUGCAUUGAUCGUUCUCUCUCAUCUGAUCUCCCUCGAGUUAGUUUGGACAUUCGCAUAUGGUCUUCAGCUUCCUCGGCCACAACUUGCGGAA